AUUGGAACAGAAAAAAGAAGGAAAAGGCAAACUGCCCAAAUCAGGAAAAGAAAAAUCUCCAACCUUUAAAACGCGCGCGUUGCGGUCGCCAUUGCAGUAGCAGAGAGAGAAUAAUCCAAUCUCUAAAGCUUAAGGAAGAUGAACAAAGAAGAGUCGAAAAUCGAAACCCAAAAUCAAAACCCUAAUUCCAACUCUAACCCUAACAAUCAAAACCAAAUCCGAGGAUCCAAAGGGAAAUCAUGCAAGGGUUGCCUUUAUUACUCUUCCGCUCUUAAAUCUAAAUCCCAAAACCCUACUUGCGUUGGCAUCCCUAGAACUCUCCAACAAGUACCUAGGUACAUAAUUGGGGAAUCUGAACUGGAAGCUUCAAAGGAAGGCCGUACACUCACUGAUUUCAAGUAUGCUUGUGUUGGUUACUCGGUUUACUUAGAUAAUAAAGAUUCUUCAGCUGAUAAUCAAUCUGAUAAACCAGUUGAAUUACCAUUUUGUGUUGGUCUCGAGGUAUUGUUGGACAGAACAGCUGCUUCAAAUGAUCAUGUUCCUGCCAAUAUCCAUAAAAACAAAGAUAGUCAUGUGCUUCCUCAACCUCGAACCCAAAGGUCGACACCAUCGACAGGAGAUGAGUUCUAUAACAGAUUCAAAAGGAACGCAGGCCUUGUAGCAUCGGGUGUCGUCAAGAAUAUGAAUAAAAUCGGAAACCGCAUCAAAGAAACUCUUGACGACAUUCUGUAUAGGCGACCAAAAUAAGAUUUCCUAUUAGUAGUAUUAUGAUUAUAUGUAUACUGAGAAGAAAUUCUAUUGUUUUAGUUCUUUUUGGUCUUUGCUAUGGAUUAAAUUAUUGAACCCUUUUGUUCAAGGCUAGAAGAUGAUGAUGCCAUUGACUGCUGUAAUGAUAAAUGAAUACAUUUUUGUUUUGAGUA